AUGGCGACAGACGGCGGCGACAUGCACGCGAUCUUCCUCGUGGUGACUCUGCUGCUUGCGCCGGGCUCGGACGGCGCGAGCCGGGCGGCGCGGCGGCAGGGCCCGGCCUUCACGGAGGAGCCGCCGGCGCUGGUGCGCUUCGCGGCGGCGGGCGGCGUGCGCCUGCGCUGCGCGGCCGCCGGCGAGCCCCCGCCCAGCGUCGCCUGGCUGGGCGACGAUGGGACGCCGCUGGACGAUAGGCCUGGACUCAGGCGGGUGUACCCGAACGGCACGCUGGAGGUGCUGCCAUCAAGCGCUUUCCACGCGGCAAGCACGCUGCGUUGCCGCGCCGCCAACGCGCACGGCGUCGCGCUGUCCCGGGACGUCACGCUGCAGCCAGUGUCAGAUACGGGCUGGGACGCAGUUCUGUCGGCGCCGGCGGCGGCGCUGGGCGGGAUCGCGGCACUCACGUGCGGCUCACCCGGCGUCGCGGAGCUCGUGGCGCCGGCCGUGUGGUACCGCGGCGACCGCGUCAUCGACACGCACCAGCCCACGCCAGAUGGUCGGUACCUAGUGGCCGGCAACACGCUGCUGAUCCGCGACGUGUCGGCGGCGGACGCGGGCGCCUACAGCUGCCUGGCGCGCCACGCGCUCACCAAGCACACCAAGCGCUCGCGGCCCGCGCAUCUGGCCGUCACCACCGGGCCUUCCAACUCGGCGCCGAGACUAGUGGCAACACCGAGCGAGAUCUCCGUGCCAGCUGGUGCCGACUUUUGCAUACCCUGCGUCACCACGGAGCACCCACCGCCGCAUUACACUUGGUACCGCGAGAGCGGCGGGCGGCUGCAGCCGGUGGAGCCGUCGGCGGCGCUGUGGGCGUGGGCGGGCGGCGCGGCGCUGUGCUUCCCGCGGGCGACGCCGCGCGCGGCCGGCGCGUGGCUCUGCAAGGCCUACAACGUGUACGGGGACGCCACGGCGCAGAUGAGGAUCGAAGUCAAGGACACGCUCUCUGUUACUGUUACGCCGGAGUUAGUGGUCGCGGACAGCGGCAGCACGGUGACACUGCGCUGCAACGCGAGCGACGCCGGCGCCAGCCUGUCGUGGCUGCACGACGGCGCGGCGGCGGGCGCGGGCGCCGAGCUGGCCCUGCGCGGCGUGGCGCGCGCGCACCGCGGCCUGUACCAGUGCGUGGCGCGCCGCGGCCGCGACAACGCGCACGCCGAAGCCGAGCUGCUGCUGGGAGACUCGGCGCCGGAGCUACACUACACGUUCAUCGAGCAGGCGUUGCGCGCGGGCGGCGCGGUGUCGCUGCGUUGCGCCGCGUCGGGCGCGCCGCCGCCGCGCUUCACCUGGCUGCUCGACGCCCAGCCGCUGGACCAGUACCGCACGCAGCACAGGUACUUCAUAAGCGAGGAGACGUCGGUGACGGGCGACGUGGUGUCGGUGCUGAACAUCAGCGCGGCGGCGGCGGCGGACGGCGGCCGCUACUCGUGCCGCGCCGCCAACGCGCUGGGCCACGCCGAGCACUCCGCACGGCUCAACAUCUACGGGCCGCCGUCGAUCCGCGCGCUGGGCCCGGUGCGCGUGGUGGCGGGCGCCAACGCGACCGUGUUCUGCCCCUACGCCGGAUAUCCGAUCAGGUCCAUAGAGGUGCAUUCGCUAGGAUGA